AUGAAGUACCUUCUAAUACUACAAGUAUUAGCAUUUUCUACAAAGUUUAGUAGAGAAAACGUAUCUUACCUAGCGAAUAUAUUUCUCCCAGAAGUAAAUGAAACUCGAGGCGGUGCUCUUACACACAUCCAACAAAUGGAAGUAUUUUUAAGAAGCUUAGGAGACCCUGGAUUUCAGCUAGGCGUUGGACUUGAUGUUGGGAUUCAUCAAACAACCGUUUCAAAAAUUAUUGAUAAGGUAUCACAUGAAAUCUGUAGCAAGAAAAAUCAAUGGGUUAAAUUCCCUGCUACGGGAGCUAUGUUCAACAGAGCUAAAGAUGAAUGGGCAGCACAUAAUACAAUACCUCAUGUCAUUGGCGCCAUUGACUGCACUCACGUGAAAAUUAUAAAACCAUAUGUACAUGGCGAUGAAUAUAUUAACAGAAAAGGAGUUUCUACAAUAAAUGUACAAGCAACAUGUAAUAGCAGAGAAAUGUUUACCAGUGUUGAUGCUUCCUGGCGUGGGUCUGUUCAUGAUUCUAGAAUAUGGUCCUAUUUACCCUAUUAUGUAUAA